CAUAAAAUUUUGAUACCAACUGAGACUGAGACAUCUAGAGAAUAGAUUAUGGAAGUACUUACCUAGCUAAGUUGCUGGCCUGCACCACUCCUUUCUCUCUCAUCUCAUCUCAUCUCAUCUCAUCUCUUUUCGGUUUAGUUUCUCAAUAGUCAAUACGCUAACAGUUACACCGAUCACUAAAGCACCCCAACCCACAAGGCCCACCACUUUAUUAAGUUUCGGAGUUGUUGCAUCUUCCUUAUUGAACAAGGAUAAAGAUGAGUUCUGUGUUUUUCAGUUCAUCUUAUGUAACUCAGUCUUGCUUUCUAAAGAGCAAAGCAAAGGGUGGAAAUGUCAGGAGGUUUUAUGUUCGUAGCUCGGUGGCUACAGCCCCAAAGAACUUACAAUCUUCUGAGAAGAAUAAUUUGCAGAAAAGUGUUCGAAUAGGUGUUCUUGGUGCUAGUGGUUACACUGGCUCAGAGAUUGUUCGUUUGCUUGCCAAUCACCCAUACUUUGGUAUUACUUUGAUGACUGCUGAUAGAAAGGCUGGUCAAUCAAUUGCAUCAGUAUUUCCACAUCUGGUCUCCCAAGACUUGCCAAAUUUGGUUGCUGUCAAUGAUGCAGACUUUUCAAAUGUUGAUGCUGUGUUCUGUUGCUUGCCUCAUGGUACAACACAGGAUAUAAUUAAAGCUCUUCCUGGCUCACUGAAAGUUGUUGAUCUUUCUGCCGACUUCCGACUCCGAGAUACUUCCCAGUAUGAGGAAUGGUAUGGUCAAGCCCAUAGAGCACCAGAAUUACAGAAAGAAGCUGUAUAUGGUUUGACAGAAAUAUUAAGGCAAGAAAUUCAGAAUGCUCGGCUUGUUGCUAACCCUGGUUGUUACCCGACAUCAAUUCAGAUCCCUCUUAUUCCCUUGUUGAAGGCUAAUCUUAUAGACUACAGCAACAUUAUCAUUGACUCAAAAUCUGGUGUGAGUGGGGCAGGACGUGGAGCAAAGGAGGCUAAUUUAUAUACCGAAGUAGCUGAAGGAAUUCAUGCAUAUGGUGUUACAAGACAUCGUCAUGUUCCCGAAAUAGAACAAGGGCUUUCAGAUGUUGCAAGGUCAAAAAUAACAGUCAGCUUCACUCCACACUUGAUGCCAAUGAGCCGAGGUAUGCAAUCAACCAUAUAUGUUCAGAUGGCUUCAGGAGUGAAAAUUGAUGAUCUGUAUGAACAAUUAAAAAUGUUCUCUGAGAAGGAAGAAUUUGUCAUUUUGCUAGAGAAAGGGGUUGUUCCACACACUCGAAAUGUUCGUGGAUCAAAUUACUGUUAUAUGAACGUCUUUCCUGAUCGAAUUCCAGGGAGAGCUAUUAUUAUAUCAGUUAUUGAUAAUCUCGUGAAGGGAGCAUCUGGUCAAGCUGUACAAAAUCUUAACUUAAUGAUGGGAUGCCCAGAAAAUACAGGGUUACUCUAUCAGCCUCUCUUUCCUUAGGUUGCAGGUUUUUAAUGUCACUAUGUUGUUGAUUGGCGACUUUGCUGGUAAUUUUGCUGUGGCGAGCGAGAGAAAAAUCAGUGAUGGUCAUAUUACCAUAUCACGAACUCCUGUUCUCCCCCUCCCCCCUCCCUAACCUGCCAUCCGAAGAAGUUAUCUUUUAAGUAUUUCUAUUGAGGGACGCUUGAUAUUGUUGGUGGAAGCUCAAGAUGAGGUUGCUGUAUGUUUUUACUCUUUUGGCUUUGCAGUUGUCCUGCGCCAAAAGGACUGUAUAAUACUGCAUUGUAACUUUCAAAGGUAAUUAGGACACAUGAUAUUGUGAAAUAUGUCCAAGUAAAUAAAAGGGUUUUUUUUCC